AUGAUGUGUAAUGCUGUAUCCGUCCUGUUUGUAUGCGCGAUUGUAUCCGGCGUGAGCUUGACUCGCCUGCUGUUUGCGAGAGACAACAUUCGUUGGGGGUGGCAUAUGGCGAUGACUUACAGGACGCAGCGUCACGAUGAGAUUCUCAAUGGACGACUCGGCGUGCGUGUGCCGGUGGCGGCUGAGGAAAGUGUCUUGAUUGUGACGCAAGAGCAGAGCAAGAGCAACAUGUAA